GUAUAUUUGAAAAGAAGUUUUAAGAAAGUGAUAUAGAAAUAAUUUCAGUUAAAAACAAAUUCUUUAACAAUUAAAAAUAUUAACAAAAUAAUUUAAAAAGCAACAUGGAGCCAAAUAAAUCAGCAGAUUUCAAAACAAAUGUAGCUGAUUUAACUAAAAUACCGCCAAAUGAAUUUGAAAGGUAUUUCCAGGAAUGGAUGGAACGAGAUGAUGUGGCUCGUUCGCUGCAAGCCAAAUUGCGUUGUGAUCUUAUAAAGAAUUUCAAUAAAACAAAUUUGGGCAAACACAUUAUCUCGCACACCAUGUCCUCUACGGGAGGCUCCACAAUGCGUCUAACCCUUUCUCCCCUUGUACUGGCCAUAAAUACUUUAGUCGCGGAAUUUCUAUAUGCACAGAAUUGUCAUUUCACCUUGUCCGUGUUUUGUACGGAAAUACCAUUUCGCAAUACACUGCCCGAUUUUGAAAGUAUGCGCAGGUUUCGUUUUAACAAUGAAGAAAUCUCGGAAAUAUGGCAGGCGGUUACUGGUACUAAAGCCAAUAAGAGGGAUUUAAAUAAAAACAUUAUACAAACUUAUGAAACAAAUCCCAAUAUGUCCUUAUUGUUGCUCAUCAUUAAGAAUCUACUAAAAAGAGAUCCCCUAGAACAAUUGAAGAGAAACGCAGAAGUGCAAACUGAAAUUCAAGAAAAAUUACACAAAUCUAUUUCGGCUCAGGUCUCCGAUCAGGAAAAGAAAUCUCCGCCUAAAGCCUCAGUGAAAGAUGAUAAUUUACGACAUAUUAAUCAAUAUCUAUUAACUUUAUCGGAAAAGGUUAUGGAAAUGACAAGAGAGUUUGAACAAUUUGCCAAACAGCGGCAUGAGUCCAGAUCACGCUCUAUCAAGUCUUCACGUUCACGAGAGUAUUUUAGGCUUAAUAAAAGUCUGGAGCGUAUAACGGAAAAUAUGAAGGCGAUGGUUCAGGCGAAACGUAAAAAUAAACGUUUAUCUAGUAUAGUGGAGUCUAUAGAUAAUUUGACACAGCAAUUUGGUAAAUGUGCCGAAAAUUUUGAUAAUGUUACAAAAGUUUUAAGCAGUCGAGAAGAUAAACCUGCUGGGGAAAAGGCGAAGCGUGUUAAAGUGAAAUUUAAAGAGAAACAAACGGAAACCGAUGUACAAGAAAAAUGCUAUGCCGAAUGGAUACAUGAAAUGCGUAAUACAGAAAAUGGUCAAAAGUUUUUGAAUAGGGUGGAAAUCUCUUUGCGUAAAGCUUUAACCAAACAUCGGGAGCAAUUGCAAAGUGAAACUGAUAUUAAAAUGAAACAUUUGAAAAGUCUAAUGAGAUUGCAUUACCAACAAAAGUUAUCAAAGCAUUUGUUACAAGAUCCCAAAAUUAAUUUAGAAGAAACACGCAAAUGUAAUGAUAAUAUUGAAAAGAAAUUGCAACAAUUUGAAAAGAAACAAACGGAAUUGCUGGAAAAGCUAAAAGAGUCUUCAACAGAGUUACGAGAGGCUCAACAGCAGAAAAAGGAAAGUGAGACACUAAGGGAGGGAGAGAAACUUCAUGAGAAAGAAAAUAUAUUUAAAUCCAUAAACAUUCAAAGACAAGCAGACCUAGAAAGCAAACCAAAGACUAAUGUAAGUAUUUGUGAGCUGUCAGAGCCUCAAAAACAUAUGGUAGCCAGAGAAGAUGGAGUAGAAAACUCUACAAAGCCCACUAUAAGUUCUUUUGAACUGCAGGAGCCACAAAAACCUAAGGAUGAUGCGGAAAAUAAGCAAGAAACGGAGACUAGUAAAACGUUACAAUUGAGUAAAGAUCCUGAAACACUUGUUAAGCCAGAUGAUAAAAUGAAAGGAGAAUCACCCACAGCCUUAUUAAGAGAUGUAUCAAAGGCACAAAAAGAAAUCCUAGAUGUGGCAAAAACAAUAGCAGAACAGGGUCGUUCUGUCGAUCAUAUAAUUUAUGAUGCCAAAUUACGCAUUCAACAGUUGGAAAACGAAAGCAAUCAAUUGGAACAAAACUUUCAAUCAUAUUUGGAGAGACGUAAACGUGACCAAGAACAAGACGCUGUAGGACAAAACAAGCUAAAAAUUUGCUCCAACUAUAAAGAAAGUAUAACAUCUCUGGGACAUCAAAUUACAAGUGCUAGACUGCUAAAAGAGCGUAAAAAGCCACAAACUCUUGAAGAAGAACAGGACGAAGAAAUCGACGAAGAAUUCCUACGCAUGAAAGAAACACUACAGCUAAACCAAGAACAAAAUUAUCCACCAACAAAAAGUGCUAAAAGUGAUAGUUCAACAUCCUCACUGGAAAUACGAAAUGCCAUACUCGAGGCCAAAUUGAAAUUUUUCGAACAUGAGAACACAAUAAGGAAAUGUAGAGAAGAGAGUGAGGAAAUACGCAGUGGCAACUUGUUGCAGAAACAUUUCGAAAAGUAUCCGGAAAUAUAUGAAUUGCCGGAUUAUUUCAAUGAUAAUUUUGGACAAUUUACAUCGGAAAUAAAUAUUAAUAAUUGUGAAGCAGCAAGUGAUGAUAAACACAAGAGGGAACGGAAUUUGGAAUCAAGCUUAUCGGAAAUCAAUAUAAAAGAUAAAAUUUUAGAUGAAGAACAUGACAUUGAGCUAAGUCCUAUGACUGAACUUAAGUCACAUAAAAUGGAAGAUAGAAGUCCCUCAAGUGUUAGAAGGGAACUGUUUCCUAAUCAAAAUGAAAAGAAGACUUUGGAAACUACAGCUACAGUUAAAGAUUUAAAGACUAAUUUAAGAUAUCAUGAACCUAUAUCCAUGCUUAGCAAAGACCUAGAGCAAGCUAUAAAAGGUCCUGCAAAACAAAAGUCGGCAACACAAAUUGAAACUACUUCCCUGUUGAUCAAACAGUCUAUGGCUAAAAUGCAACAGUUAUUCGAACAACAAUCAAAAUCCAAAGAUACACUAAGAGAAAUGGUCAAUGAAAUAGCACAGGAAAGGGAUUUUCAUAAAGAAAAUAUACUUAAUACUACAAAACCAUUGUUAUAUAUGCGUCCUAAUGAAGCUUUGGACAAAAGUCUAACCACUACGGUGACCUCAACCACCACAACCACUACAACGAAUACCAACCAAACUAGCGAAGAAAUGCAAACGAAGAAUCAUGCAAAAAUAUUGAAAAGUGUUACAAAUUUAAAUCGUAUUUCCAAUACAUCAAUGCCUUCUAUGCUUAAUUUAUCUAGUGAAAGUGAGGAUAGUUUCAAUUCUGACCAACUUGAAAUAGAAAUGACUCAAGAAACAAUUAAAGAAAUGGAAGAGGAACAAGAAACAAUAAGAAAUUUAAAAACGACAUCUAUUGAAAUGCCAAAACAACAAAUGGAAGACAUGGGUCAACUCUCUGAUUCUUCGGAAUCAAGUGAAUUACGUCCAUUACCCUCCCCUUCAAAAACAUAUCAACAGCCCAAACCUCCAUUGCAACAAGAAUUCGGCCAAAUUAAUGAUUCACCAAAAUUGCCCCAUUUAAAUUUAUUUAGUCCUGACAAUGACAAGGAAAUUGGCGAAAUAUUUACUGAAUCCAAUCGAACGUUUGCUCCAAUUGAUAAGAAAUUAAGCGAAGGUUCUUCUACACGUUCUAGUUCGGAUUUAGAAAUAUCCACAGGUGAUCGAAAUAAAAAUGCUAAAAAUCUUGGCGAUGAUAGUGAAAGUGAUUUUUGGGCUUAA